AUGGCGAACAUUGUGGUGAAAACCAUCUGGCAAUCCAAGGAGAUUAAUGAAGCUGGAGACACCCCGACAGGAGCGGAGAGCCGGCCUCAGAGCUGCAAGGAGCAGCUGGGGAAAUCUACCAGCAUCAAGACCUUCCCUAAAAAGAAGAAAGCCGUCUCUUUCCAUGGGGUUGAGCCUCACUUGACUAGUGAAAGCCCAAACCUCAACUUGAAGCGCUCCUCUGCCUGCACCAACGUUUCACUCCUGAACCUGACUGAUGGGGAGCAUGAAGACCCCACCACUGAGAAUAAGCCCUCAGACGAAGGUGGUUCCCCAGAGGGGGCAGCUGGGGAAAGAAGGGACCCCCCACCCCCUGUCAAGGCAACCUGGUCGGAGGAGGAGUAUGACGCCCCUGUCCAACAGGAAGUGAGCAAUAGUGGCCUCUUGCGAGCCAAGGACUCUAUCACGAGCCUCAAGGAGAGGACCUCCAAGGUCAACCGCCAUGUUCAGAAUCUGCAGAGCGAGUGCACGGUGCUGUGCGAAAACCUGGCCUGGCGCAGACAGGAGGCCAAAAACCUGGUGGAGUACUGCACUCAGCUCAAGGAGAGGUGCCGAAAGGUCACAAAGUCCGUUGAAGAUACCGAAGUUAAGACCAACGUGCUGAAGAAAAACUCAGCGCUGCUGGAGGAGAAGCUGUGCUUCUUACAGCGCCAAGUUCAAGCAGAAGACCUCAGCCAGCAAGUGAAGCCGCUCCUGGAAAACGUGUCCCAGCAUCUCUCCAUAUUCAAGACCCCAGACCCUCUUGAACAAUAUCCUUCCAACUGUGCCAGAUGCGCCAGGUAUUCCAUUCAGGAAGAAAAGGAUUUAGAUGGCUCAAAACUAAGGAACAUGGCUCGAGCUGAGAGUACAAUCUAA